AUGAAGAAUAGACCAUCUUGCCAACAAACAGAACAAGAGGAAACAUCUUUGGGAAACCAAAACAUAACGGAAGAAGUAUUUGAGGGACCAUCUUCUUACCCAGAAGAGGAAACUGAUGACCUUCUCGAGGAUGAAGAGAUGUUUUCGACCUUAGAAGAAGAAGAGUGCGCUGACGUCUUUAGUAUUCCAAGGCUUUCUCAAGGCUUACAUGAAACUAUAAGAAAUAUAACCGAAAUUGAAGACGUGGACAAUGUUAUUGACGAUAUUUUGAAAUCUAUUCAAAUGGAUGGAGCAGAAGAAGAGAAACUUCACUGUGUUGAUCAAGUCGUACAGUUUGAUAAGGACAAAGGCAAUCUUACAAGUUGUUGCAAUGCUAAUGAGAGAAAUCCCUCAACAUCCAGUUUUCAAUCAAGAAAUUCUGCCAAACAGUUAGAAGAGCCGCUAUUAAGAAAAGAGAGAAUUCGGAAGGAGAAGCAUAAUAUAAUCGAACGUAGAAGAAGAUUCCAUAUCAAUGAUAGAAUAAAGGAACUGGCAUCACUUUUGCCCAAACCAGCUCAUGGGUAA